UUUUUUGGGGGGGGGGGUGGAAGAAUUCCCAAAGUUCAGAUUGUAUAAUUAUUCCCCACUGAAUUGGCCAAUAGUGCAUGCAUGAUACUAAACUGGUGCAAGCCUCAUUUGGUAAAAUUGUGCUUGUAUCUAGAAGAGGAAUUAAGGACCAUCUCUGCACCAAGUGGAUCCUACCAGAUUAAUAAGGCAGUGUUUUGUUCACAUGUGGAAGUUGAGAACGUGUUAAGUGUAUUCAGUACUUCUGGCAAGCCACCUUGUUUCAUCAUCACUGUAUCUACCAAUUAAGUAAGCUCUACUUGAAACUCCUACUUUCGUAAUAGUUAUGUGCCUCUCUCUAGUCCUUUUAAACCCAAAAGGUCAGACAGUGAACACAACACAAAAAUCAAGUCAGACACAAAUAAAUAUUAAGAAUUCGACAUUCCUCAAACCACUGGCCUAUUUUGUGGGGUGGAAAAGCAUUAGCUUUUAGUGUGCCCAUGCUGGCAAACACUUUCUCUCUCUUGCUGUGUGUUAAAUAUAUAACUGCACAGCACUGAUGUAGACUUUGAUUGUGAAGUUUUCAUGCUCAGAUGACAAAGGGAUGUGUGUUUGGUGACUUGCUGGAAAUGUUCAGCCAUACAUACUUGUCCCAGACACUUAAGACAUGAAGAAUGUCUCAUGUCCUUUACUUCAUUGGAAAUUUUACCACCAAAAAAGCAAAAAAAAGAUAUUAAUGAUGCAUAUUUCUGAUCUGAUAGGGAUAGGUUUUGCUUUGGGCCAGUCAUUUUCUCUCAGUCCUAGGAAGGAGGCAAUGGCAAAUGACUUCUGAAAAACCCUGCCAAGAAAAAUGCAGGGACUUGUCCAAGAAUUGGACAUAAUUGAAUGGAAGUGGGAAAAACACCUCAUAUAUUAGAAAUUGAUGUUUCUAGUUUGGAUUAAUCGCAGCUUAACUUUCAGAUAGCACAUUGUUUUAAGUCACUGGCAAUAUACUUGGCUUAGUGUGCAAAGUGGGUUGGGUUCCUGCAUUAGGGGCAGAUGUUAAGUGUAAUUGUACCAAAACUAAUUUGGUAUUUUUGUUUUGCAAAACUAGAUAGUCAUCUAUGGUUUAUGGUUUAUUGUGCUGCUAAAUUUGUAUUAGGUACUUCUUAAGUAACUGCAUUUUUGGGCAGCUAUGUUUAAGCCACACAAAAUCAGUGCUAGAACUCUUCCACAAGAUUUAAAAUCGAAGGAUAAACUGCACCCCAACUCCCACAAAACCCACUGGAUGGUGUCAUAUGGCUUGAUUUUGGUUUAAAAAUGUUAUGUGACAGAGCCACUAUGCCUUGGAAACGAGGAUCCAUAGUUUAGCGCACUUUGGGAACUUCGGCAAUUCUAAAUUAUUUAACAAACUAAGAUUCAACUUGUUUAGACAGCUGGCUUCAGAGCUUUUUUUUUUUUUUUUUUUACAGCCUCUCUUAAGAGUCAAAAUGAUUUCCUGGCUAGGCUCACCCAACACAUCAUUAGGCUGAAUGAGACAAGGGUGCUUUUUGGUACACUUCACAAAAAAACCCAGCCACUUAACAGGAGUGACCGACUGGAAGCUGAAUCGUGCAAAAUCCCACCGCAGUCAACGAGCUGACCACACGAUCCCAUCCUUUUCUUCUACUCUGAAGAAAGCCUUUGGAGUUCCCUGGGAAUCGGCCCCUCAGGUAGCACACGGCAGCCUUAAAGAGGUUCAUUCUGCCCCAAAGACUCCGCGGCCGCUGCAAACGGCUGUCCGGCGGAGUCAACGAGAUAGCAAAACUGCUUUCCUUCGUCCGCAACUCCACCUCAUUGAACUGUGUACUGUUUCACACCGGUUCGUUAGCCUGCCUACUGCAGACAAGCCUGGAGACUCUUGCAGGAGGAGGUCAAACGAAGAGGCUCCCUUCCCCUUAAGGGAGCCGAAGCACACCUGGCCGCGUGCACGCGCGCGCAAGCAGCCCCCAGCGGAGCCUCCCAGGCAGGACGCGGCGGCUGGCCCGGCGCCUGCGGCGGAGGUGUUAGCCAGCUGGAAAGUCAUUGGCUCUCCGGCUUCUUUCGCUCGGCCGUCCGGCUCAGUUCCUCCUCACUGGCGCGCCGAGAAGAACGGAGGGUAGAAGCUCGCCGCCGCCGCCGCCGCAGUAGAUCCCGGGCUGGUGACCCCUCCACACUUGCCUUUCCCCUCUCCCCCUGCAAGGAUCCACUUUCCUGGGACCCCCACCCGCCCCGCCCCUUUCGGAUCCACUUUUUCCCGAGUGUUUCGCCGCCGCGUUUUUGCAGGAUCGAAAACUUUGCAACUUGUUCGGAGUGUCCGCUUGCUUCCCCUUUUUCUCCCAGUGAGACUCGACCACGAGGUGUUGCCGUCUCCCCGCUCCCCAGCCCGGGAGGGGGGGAGGCGCCGGCGCCCGUCGGCUGGGCGCCGAGGCCUCGCCGGGAAGGAUAGCCGCAGCAGAAAGGCGGCAUGAGAGAAGCGCGCAGAGCCAGGGCAGAGGAUCGGGGGCAGAGGCCAGAGCACGCGGCCGGUCCGCACGUCGCCCGGCAGCCUGGACGCCUUUCCGCGGCCUCAGUUUCCCCAGCCCUUUCUUUGGAGUAGGCAGCGGUUUGCAGGUCCUGCUUUUACGAGACUUAAGGCGUUGGGUCUCUUUCCUACCCUCUUUUUGGGGGAGAACCUGGAAAUACGUCUCCCGGAUUUCUAAACCCUUUGAUCAGAGCCGCAGCAACUCCGAUUCCCGCGCCUGCUAAAACAUCCCUCGCUCGCUCCAACUUCGAAAACCCCAACUCUUGCGAGCAGCGUUGCAAACAGCUGGACUUUUUUCUCAGCAAUUCCCUCCCGUGCAAAGCCCGCCGCUUUAUUAUUGGAAGGAGACUAAGGAAGGGGGUCGAUCUUGCUUUAAAUCUUACCCCCCUUCCCCCUCUCCCCGAGAGGGAGGGAGGGAGUGAGGGAGGGGGGAAAAAAGGAUCCCUCGCGAUGGCCGCGAGCGGAGACUCGGCCGGCGCGAUCCCCACUCAGGCCGGUUGGAGUCUGCGGGAGGACGAGCCCGCCUCGGCAACCGUCGCCGCCAGAGCAGCGGCGGUAGAGGGAGCCUUCGGAGCCGGUUGCAACGGCUGCUUAGCCGGGCCGAAGGAAGUGAAGCAAAGCACCGGCAGCAACAGCAGCAGCAGCCGCCACCGGCGGGAAGGAGGCGUCGAGAGCGCGUCUCCCCGGACUUGCGAGAGGAGCAAACUUCCCUGGGUUGUGGGCGCCGGGUCGGUGGCGCUGCUCCUGGCCUUGGGGACCCGCCUGGGGCCGGGCAUCCGAGGACGAGAAGAAGCGGGCGAGGGGGCCCCCCCAGGUGGGCAGAACUGGUCCCCGCUCCCCGGCCCCGCGCUGUGCUGCUGCUCCUCCUGCCUCCUCCUGGCCGCCUACUUCUGGCUGGGGCUGGAGCUGCUGCGCGCCGGGGUCCGCCUGCGCACCGCCCUCCUGCUCCUGGCCGGCUGCUGCUGCGGCGGGGAAGCGCUCGUCGGCUCGACGCUGGGGGAGGACCGCUUAUUGGCUGCCACCGCCGCCGGUUUGGGGCUGAUCAGCCUGGCCGGCUGGGUAUGGCGCCUGCUGCUGCUGCCCGGGCUCCGCCACGGCGUCCUCAUGCUGGCCUUGAGUAGCGUGCUACGGCUGAGCUCGCUCGUCUUCUUGGAGGGCGUCCGGGCGCCGGGAAGCCCUUACCUGGCUUAUCUCCUGGGCUUGCUGGGCAUCCUUCUGGCCAGCUGCGCGCGGCACGCCUCGUCGGGCCGCCCCUCCGGAAAGCGGGAGGAGGAGGAGAGCCGACCAGGAGCGGAAGGAGCGGAGUCCGCCGCCGCCGCCGCUGCUGUCGCUGCCGCCCGGCGGGGCAAGGAAGACGCGCCGGGCUUGAAGAGGAGGCGGCGGUCCAGUUCCGUGAUCUCCGCCGAGAUGGCCGGUUGCGGCGGUAAGAACCACCGGAGGACCUCUCUGCCCUGCAUCCCGCGCGAGCAGAUCAUGGGAUAUUCUGAAUGGGAUCACAAACGAGGACCAAGAGGAUCGCAGUCUUCGGGUACCAGUAUAACGGUAGAUAUUGCCGUCAUGGGAGAAGCUCACGGACUCAUUACUGACCUUCUAGCAGAUCCCUCUUUGCCACCCAAUGUCUGCACCUCCCUCCGAGCAGUGAGCAACCUGCUUAGUACACAGUUGACUUUCCCAGCUAUUCAUAGACCAAGAGUCAACACUUUGGCAUCCUUCAAUGAAAAUUACACCGGUUCUGACACCGAAGAAUGUUCAGAGAAGGGAGAGAAGCUUACUAUUCCCAAGCGCUGUCGGAAAAGCCUACCCCCAGGUCUUCUACGGCGAGUGUCAUCCACUUGGACAACCACCACAUCUGCCACUGGUUUGCCCACCUUGGAGCCAGCUUCCGUUCGAAGGGACCGCAGUCCUAGCAUCAAACUUUAUGAUACUUCACCGUCCAGCUCUGAUUCAUGGAACAAUUCUCUCCUGAUGACUCUCACCAAAAGUCGAUCCUUCUCAACCUCCUACGCGAUGACUGCUGCCAAUCAUCUGAAUUCAAAGCGGCCGAGCCGACAAGGUAUCUCCCCAAAUAUUUCACCUCUUGUCUCUCCAAGCCAUUCACCCGUCCAGGGUACUCCAGCCAACAGUCCCAUCCGCAGAACCUCAGGAGUACAGUUUCCAGAGUCGACAGUCACGGCCACUACCCAAGCCAUCAAGCCUCACAGGCUCUUAGGUUGCACUCAGAGUGCCCCUAACCUAUCAGAGCCGGUGGAAGGCACCUCUGUCAUUUGCAGUAGCUGUGGCAGGCCAUACAGCCAAACAGACCCCAGAGAAGGAAUGCUGGAUAGGAAUGACGGUGCAGCACACACCUUGAACAGGACAGAUGAUCCUGCACAGGCCACCUCCGACUAUGAGACAAAUAACAGUGACAGCAGUGACAUUGUGCAGAACGAAGAUGAGACACCUUGCGCCAAGGACCCGAUCCAGGCGGGCCCACGCUGCAGGACGUUUGCUCCAGAGACGGUGAUUUUGCAUCCUUUGCUGCCUGUGGAGGAAAAACCUAUCCUUGCCCCCGAGCCGCUAAUAAUGGACAAUUUGGACACGCAAAUGGAGCAACUAAACAAUUGGAAUUUCCCAAUCUUUGAUUUGGUAGACAAAAUCGGGAAGAGAUGUGGUCGGAUUUUAAGUCAGGUAUCCUACAAGCUCUUUGAGGACAUGGGUCUCUUUGAAACUUUUAAAAUCCCUAUACGAGAGUUUAUGAACUAUUUCCAUGCCUUAGAAUGUGGAUAUCGAGAGAUAGCUUAUCAUAACAGAAUUCAUGCUACUGAUGUCCUCCAUGCUGUCUGGUAUCUUUCAUCCCAGCCUAUCCCAGGCCUCCCAACUAUGAUUAAUGACCAGGGGUCAGCAAGUGAUUCUGAUUCAGACAGCGGGAUCACUCAUGGCCACCUGGGAUAUGUCUUGUCCAAAACGUACACGCCAACAGAUGACAGCUAUGGGUGCUUGGCAGGCAAUAUCCCAUCACUUGAAUUGAUGGCCCUCUACGUGGCUGCUGCCAUGCAUGAUUAUGACCAUCCUGGGAGAACCAAUGCUUUCUUGGUGGCAACCAGUGCUCCUCAGGCUGUUCUAUAUAAUGACCGUUCUGUUCUGGAGAACCAUCAUGCAGCGGCUGCAUGGAACCUUUUCAUGUCCAGGCCAGAAUAUAAUUUUUUAAUCCAUCUCGAUCAUGUGGAGUUCAAGCAUUUCCGGUUCCUGGUCAUCGAGGCCAUUUUGGCCACUGAUCUGAAGAAGCACUUUGAUUUUGUAGCUAAAUUCAAUGCCAAGGUGAACGACGAUGCAGGCAUUGAUUGGACAAACGAGAAUGACCGAUUAUUGGUUUGUCAGAUGUGCAUCAAACUGGCCGAUAUCAAUGGUCCAGCCAAGUACAAAGAUUUACAUCUAAAGUGGACAGAUGGCAUUGUGAACGAAUUUUAUGAACAGGGUGAUGAAGAAGCCAGCUUAGGUCUCCCCAUCAGCCCUUUCAUGGACCGCUCUGCUCCGCAGUUAGCCAAACUCCAGGAAUCCUUCAUCACUCACAUUGUGGGACCACUGUGUAACUCCUAUGACUCAGCAGGACUGAUGCCAGGUAAAUGGACUGAAGAGAGCGAUGAGUCAGGAGAUACAGAUGAACACGAAGAGGAUUUUCCAGACAUGGAUUCCUGUGACAAUCAUGAACCAAGAAAAAGAAGGAGGAAAGUCUACUGCCAGAUAACUCAGCACUUGCUGCAGAACCACCAGAUGUGGCAGAAGGUCAUUGAAGAGGAAGAGAGGAGAGCUGCAAAGGAGAAGCAAAGUGGGGAGCCAUCAACGGCACUGCGCCCGUCCUCUGAGCAAAUAGAGGCUAUUAAAGAGGAGGACGAGGAGAAGGGAAAGGCCAAAGAGGAAGAAGAUAACACAGCUCCAGAAGAAAACCAAUGACAGUGACAGGAAUUUUGUACAGUAUUUGAUGCAAGGACACCUUGCGUACCAAUUGUUUUUACAAGCCAGCACAACGUUUAGACACGACACUGUAGAAAUACGGGAUAAUUCACCUACAGCUGUUUUAAGUUUUCCUUCCUUCCUUCCUUCCUUCCUUCCUUCCUUCCUUCCUUCCUUCCUUCCUUCCUUCCCUCCCUCCCUCCCUCCCCCCUCCCUCCCUCGAGGUACAUUGCUUUCACAGUUCAACGGCCAUUUUUACAAAUUUUCAAAUACAUCGGAGAAUUAUAAAUAUAUAUAUAAAAUACUAGCCUGGGUUUAUAAGCUGCAUAUUUGUUUAUUUGUUGUUUUAAAAAAGAUGAUUAUACGAUGCUGCCUGUGAUAUUAUUAAAAAAAAAGGAAAGGGAAGGAUUUGAAAUUGAGACAAUACUCGGUGAAAUGGAGAAGGCUGUACUGCCCUUUUUUGUUGUUGUUAAAGUGGAGCAACCGAUUGUCUCGGUUAAUGGUUGAUCCCGACUGCCAGCAUAGAUGAGCCUGCAGGACAUCACAGGCACACAAAACAGGAACACCGCAAUUCAUGGAGCAAAGGGAAGGGCUUUGUGCUUUGGAGACAGGCUGUGACACACUUGGCAAGUCUUCACAGAAGAUUAUGCACCUCCAUUGCAGAGAAUGUGCUCUUUCUUUCUCAGCCUGGAGAACUCUGCCUCGGACCGCUUGCUCAUUCUUCCACACAACUCAGUAAAAUCCAGACGGAGGUGAGCCCACAGCAGCUCAGGAAAACAGGACUUCCCAUUUCUGGAGCGAGCCCCCUCUGUUGCUGUUUGGUGGGUCUUGAUUGUUUUUUUCCAAAAGGCAUGUCCCUUGAAAGCUUGUGCAAGCUACAAUUCCUACCUAUAUAUUGCACAACUGUUUAUGCCACGUUCCCUCCCACCACCACCACCACCACCACUUUAGGAGGGCAAGUUUCAAGCAUCACACGUUACCUUCUUGGUGGUGGCAAUUCUCCAUGUUGUGUGAAGGCAUUUCCAAUUCACUGAAUUGAGAUAGACUUUGGGGAGACACCCUAGGAUCCUUCCCACCUUUCAUUGUAUUCUUAUCCUUUUCCUGUGUCUUCUGAGCAUGAGAAAGGUGACUUUUAAGAUGGACUGCGAAUGAGAUACGUCGGGCAACCGUCGCUUCUGCUUUUUAUUGGAAUGUGUGUAUGGACUGCGAAGCCGGUGCCUGUUGACCUCAAUCAGAGGGAAUUCAAAUCUACUUCAAGGGAUCCAUUCUUCUUCGUUGCUUUGUUUGUUAUAAGGUGCUUGCAUGUGAUAAAGAGGAUUCUGGAGCACCUGGACCACCUAGGUGAAACACUGCCUAGGAUUCGCUGCAGCCCCCACACAAAAGUCAAAUGCACCCUCUCAAAGGGAGGUCUUCAACUUCCAGAAUUUUCCAGACAGCUUGGCCAGUGCUGAGGAUUCUGGAAGACACACUUCUGGAGGGACACACCAUUAAGGAAGGCUGCCAUCCUGCAUUUUCCUCCAUGGUACAUAGGACGUUUUGUAGAUGCAGUGACCCACCCAAUGUUUUAGCCAAGGACGUUUCCCUAUCAUUUAUCUGUCUUUCCACAACCAGCAAGCAAUUUCCAAAGCGUGCCAUGGUUCUUUUAGGACAGCAGUUUUAGAAAGCGAAUGAUCUAGAUCCGGGCUUCCCAAUAUUGACCACUUUAAGACCUGUGGACCUCAACUCCCAGAAUUCCCCAGCCAGCCAUGGGAGUUGAGGUCCACAGGCCUUAAAAUUGUCAAUUUUGGGAAGCCCUGUUCUAAACAGGUAGGUUUGUUUUCUGGCACAAGAGGAUGGGAAAACAACUGCACAAAAGAACAAGAAGAAGAAAAAACCCCCCAGAGUUAUUCUACCAAUCAAGGCAGGAAUCUGCCUUAUGUUGUUGGUUUUCAAGAAAGAUGGUUUCCCAUCCUGUACUUCAUAUUUGUUCACCACAUCAUAAGUAGAAUAAGUUCUGCUUUAAUGUUUUCAUAUAACUGUACUAAGGGAAACCCAGUGAGCUGAGUAGUACCACUUGAGAACAUUGUUCAAGUGUCCCUUUAGGACAGGGGUCUUCACAUUUGGCCCUUUUAUGACUUGUGGACUUCAACUCCCAGAAUUCCUCAGCCAGCAUGCCUGGCUGAGGAAUUCCGGGAGUUGAAAGUCCACAAGUCUUAAAAGGGCUAAGUUUGAAGAUUCCUGCUUUUAGGAGGUCUAUAGGUAUGAAUGCCAGAAUGUAAAGAAAAUUGCAUAAUUUGGGGAAACAAGCACAAUUUGACUUGCCUGCUUCUCCCAUUCUAUUUAUAUCCUCCAUCUGGGUAAUGUUCAGUUUUAUGUUUUAAAAUAAAUGCAAUUCCAGUCUUUAAUUUGAAAUGCAGUUCGGAUGGAUGUCAUGAAAUUGCAGAAGAAACUUUGAUGUCAAAGUUUGCCCACCUUGAUUGUAUGUCUUGGCAGCUAUAAAAGCAAGAUCCCAUUACAUGGGGAAAAAAAUUCACCAGCAGACAUAGGACUUCUUUAGAUGAUUAGUUGUCCAUUUUUAAUGCUUCAUUGGUCACAACUAAUUUUUAUUAGCCUACGUGUAAAUACAGAGACACUUUUUAGUGUCCUGUUGAUAGGGGAAGUUGGGUUGUAUUUGUAAAGAUAGUUCAAAGAAAGAGAAAAAGAUUUUUUUUCCGUAAAAUGUGACUGUUUUUGAAUUUGACAAACGAAGUCCUGCAUGAUUGGGAAUGGAAUUGGAUGAAUUCUUUUCAGAUUGGUGGGUUUGUUAGCAGAAACUGUCAGAGACACAUUUGAGUGUAACAAAAGUGCUGCAAUUUAGCAGCAAAGCCUAACUGUUCAUCACAGAGUUUUAAGUAGUAGUACAUAUGACAGGAGAUCAGUCUGUAACUAAGUGUGUCGUCAAAAAUAUUUCUGAAAUUAUUGUCCUAUUUCCACUUGAUUGGUUAUUGGGCCAACCCAUUUCUCUUAUCUUACUAAUAUUUCAGGAUGAGUUUAUUUUGCCUCAUUGUUUUUCUCCCAAGUUGGUUCUUUGGGAUCUCCUAGAUUCACAGUCUACACCAGGGGUGCCCAACCUUGGGAACUUUGAGACCUUGUGGACUUCAAUUCCCAGAAUUCCCCAGCCAGCCAUGUUGGAGUCCACAAGUCUCAAAGUUGCCAAGAUUGGACACCCUACGCAGAUUGUUCAGAUUGUUGCUGAAUGUAUUGGAACUGUAGAAACUCAGUUCACAUUUUGCCCUAAUUUGUAAUGUGAUUGAAGAUUGUUGAAUAAGCCAUGAUUUGCCAUGUUUACAAUUUGCCUUGAGCCAUAAUGUGUGGUUUGUGAACCACAGUGGCUGGGUUCUUACAAUCCACCCUGAACCCGGGUUCACAUGGAUGGGGGCUAAGGCUAUGAUUUAGAGGGAAAUUUGGGAGUUCUUAAGGUGUGAAACUGAUGCCUUAAGCUUCUGAGGAAUCUUUCACUGCCUCACAAUUUUUUUAAAAGAAGAUCAGAUGUUUUGGCACCAUCCAGUCUGGGAAGCCAUGUUUGAAACCAGCAUUAUCCUUGCCUCCCUUCACUUAGAUUAAGCCAGUUCCAACUGAGGGGAAAAUGCACAUUAGAGUUGUUUAAUAAGUUGUUCAGCCUCUCACACUUUUCCCAUAACUCAGCAAUGUCUUUGAAAUUUUGCAAAUAGUUAGAACACUCCCUUCCUGAGAAGGUUAUAUGGUGUAGCGUGCCUGGCUGAGGAAUUCUGAGUUAAAGUUCACAAGUCAUAAAAGGGCCAAGUUUGAAGACCUCUUGACUUGUGGAUCUCAGCUCCCAGAAUUCCUCAACCAAACAUGCUGGCUGAGGAAUUCUGGGAGUUGAAGUCCACAAGUCAUAAAAGGGCCAAGUUUGAAGACCCCUGUUUUAAGAGAACAUCUCAGAUUUCUCCCUUCAUGGUCUUUCCAGCUGCAUAGAGUGACCAUAGAGCAGUGUUUCUCAACCUUGACAAUUUUAAGACAUGUGGACUUCAAUUCCCAGAAUUCCACAGCCAGCAACGCUGGCUGUGGAAUUCUGGGAGUUGAAGUCCACAUGCCUUAAAAUUGUCAAGGUUGAGAAACACUGCCAUAGAGUGUGGCCCAAAAGUCAAGAUUGGCAGCUACGAUGAUGCAAUCAAUGCUUAGUCUGUUUUUUUGUUUGUGUUGUACAAAUGAUGCCAAAAAAGGGAGGGUGUUAGAAACUUUGAUUACACCAUCACAGCCACCAUCUUAAGUUUUUUUUUUUUUACAAUAUCCUGCAAACACCACUGUUCAAAUGCAUAUUAUAGAGACAUUUCUCACAUUCUGGUAACUACUGUGUAAGCUCUCUGAGGACAAACCAGAGUCUAAUGGCUUCAAAUUGCCUAUAAAUAUGUUCUAUGUUAGAAACAAAAGUACUUGCUGGAAAGUUUGUGUUACAUGUCAAUCUUUUCCUGUUCAAUUGUACUAACAUCUAAAGAGGAUUGUUUAUCUGCUGUUCUGAUUUUCUAGGCAUUGCUAGCAGGCAUGAAACUGACCUAGAUACAUUUGUUAGAGCAGCACUCCACAAUCUUUCCGGCUUGUCAGCCUGACCUGGCAUGGGAGUGUGAGUGUGAGUGGCAAGGCACAGAUGUGUGCGCACAGCUCCACAGCUUCACGCAUGAGCAGAAAGUGCUUGCACUCACGUGUGAAGAGAUGUAACUUUUAUAUCUCUGAUCCUUGUAAUGUUCCAUGCACAGGUGAUGCCUAACAUCCAUGAAAUUAAGAUACAUCCACCCACCCAUCUAUCUUAUUUGCACCAAAAUUAAGAAUGAUUAUCCCCAGCAACCUUUGAAAGGUGGGUGUGUAUUUGACCAUCAUGGGAAUUAAAGCCGUUUCUCUUGAGAGCAAGUAAUGUAGCUUCCUAACUUGAGAGGUGCACCUUCAGCACAUGGUUGUAUUUGAGUCUUCUGUUCAAUCUGGGCAUUCAACAAAUCAAAGUGGCUGUUGCUUGAAGGACCCGUUGUUCCAGUUCACCUUGACAGGUUUGACUCUUUCAGUCAUUGUUGGUUGUCUGCCCCAUCAAGGUCUCUUAAUAGAGUUGUGGGUUUCCUCAAAAGCAAUUUCAUGAAAUACUCUUUUCUUCACAAGGAAAAAAAGGGGGGGAGAAGUGAAGGCGAUCAAGCCAGACCUGAAUGUUUCCAAGGUCCAAUAAUUUUUCAAAUAUUCAUUAAUAUUUCAACUAGGGGUUGACUUGUGUGUCCUAUCAUCAUGGUCCACCCUUAUAGCCAUGAUCUAGUAAGGAACCGAUGACCUUCUGAACUAGAAUAUCCAUCCCAGAUAGAUGGAGAUAAGAGUUCUUGAAAGUUGUUGGGCAGCCAAUAUUGACUCAAAUAUUUCUUUGAAGAGCCAAAGCAAAGCAAAGUGGAAAAAUGGUGGAGAAAAUAGCAAUUUAGAAGGACUCACUCCUUACCUGAGUUCUUUAGGUCUUCAGUUUCUUUGUAUUUUUAUUUCAAGUUGGGAAGAAAUAACGGGCAUGGAAGAAGUUGCCGAAAGUAGUAUCUGUGCUUUCAUAACAACACACAGCUUGCUCCUUCAGUGUCCCACUAAAACCAAAUGAGGCUUUAUAAAAGGGGUUCAGUUGUGACAUUUUCAUCCCUCUCAAGUAGGUGGAAUUGCCAACCAUUGUUGUACUGUAGAACCGUACCUCCUGCGUUCAGUAUUUGUAGAUGUCCAUUUUUUCCAACACGGUCUUCUUUUCACUAAAUACUACCUGCAUUAAUUUAUAUUUAUAUAUUGCCAAUAUUGUUGUAACCAAACCUCUUUUAAGACAAAAACUUAAAAACAAGGCCUUGUAUUUUUAGCUGAUGACCUUUCACGAACUGACCGAAAUCUCUGUUGGCUUUUCUUUUCACGGAUAUCUUGCACUUAAGACAUGUAGCAAUACUUAAUAUAUUCCCUUCACGAGUAUUUGUUAAGGUGAUUUUUAGUUAAUGGCUGAUAAAUGUUUUGUACAAAAUAGAUUCUGUACAGGCGGAGAAACAGGAGAAAUCUUUUAGAUAAACAUUAUUUAUUUUUACUGUUUUGUAAGUUAGACACUAUUAAUGAAGCUCCUUUUUUGCCAGAAUUACUGGAAGUGCCUCUUGGUAUAAUGUAUUAUAGUAAAUAUAUAUUCAGAAUUAUUAGAGAUAAUGUGUCACAAAAUGAACAACAUGGAUGUUGCAAUGUGAAGAAAAAAAACAUAAAUAUAAUUCUGUGGUAUCAUA